UAUCCCCACCAAUAAUUUGAAUAAUCAGCCAAAAAUUAUUCAUUUAAAUAGAAAAUUAGGAUUUUAUCUGAUAUUCGUUGCUCGUCAUCAAAUAAACGCAAACUAAAAAUGAAGGUACAAAUUGUUUUAUUGGCUGGAUUAAUCGCUCUAUGUGUUGCGGCACCACCACCACAACGCGAGUCCAGAAUUUUAAAAUACGACAGUGACGUUAGGGAAGAUGGAUAUGAUUUCGCAUUUGAAACUGACGACCCAAUCAAACGUAAUGAAGCCGGAAAAAUUCAACAAGUUUCCCAAGAAGAAAGCAACCUCCAAGUAAACGGUGACUUCGCAUUUAAUUUCCCAGAAGGAGUUUCUUUCCAAACUGUUUUCGUAGCCGAUGAACAAGGUUACAGGCCAAAGGUUUCUUUCGGUCAAGCAAGAGUUUAAAAGAGCAUUAAAGUUGUAAAUAAAGAAUUGUGUAAAUUUUGUAAAAAAAUGUAAUAUACUAAUUAA